CGAAAGUAGAGUAGAGCACAUGUGGGAUAGCGAAAGCUUGAUCACGUCAUUCAAGUUUGUUGCUUGCGUGUUUUUUAAUUGUUGAAUUAGCUAUCAGUUAUCGGCCUCGUGCGAGAUGUGAGUUGAGCUUGCAGCUUUCUUAUCACGUGUGUAUAACCUCUUGUUGUCUCAAAGCGGUCUGCUGACAAUCUUUAAAUUGAAAACAAGGGAAUUCAAAAACAGGUGUUUUCCUCCCUAGUGAUCGUGUAUUUUCUCCUACUUCCAACCACAGUUUCACCAUGAUUGUUGUCAACAAGUCGUACUCACUACUCCGCAAAAAAGCCCUGAAAGACCUGUGUGAUGUCUCUUUCAAGCAAAAUCGCGGUGUUUCAACGCACAAACUAUACAUCGAUGGAAAAACUGUCGAGUCUCAGGCCACCGAAUGGGUUGAUUUGCAUGAUCCAGCCACUAAUAAGGUGGUUACGAGAGUUCCAAUUUCAACGCAAUCCGAAAUGGAAGCUGCUGUCGCAUCGGCCAAGGCAGCCUACAAAUCCUGGUCCCGAACAUCCAUCAUGUCUAGACAACAAAUUCUUUUCAAAUUUCAAGAAAUAAUUAGGAAAAAUAUGAAAGAACUGGCAGCAAACAUUACUCUAGAACAAGGGAAAACUCUAGCGGAUGCAGAAGGGGAUGUUUUACGUGGCUUACAGGUUGUGGAACAUUGCUGUGGCAUUCCAUCUCACUUUCUGGGUCAUACUUUAGCCGGUGUCGCGAAAGACCUUGAUAUUCACUCGUACAGAGUACCUUUGGGUGUUACUGCUGGGAUCACUCCAUUCAACUUCCCUGCAAUGAUACCUCUUUGGAUGUUCCCAGUUGCGUUAGCUUGUGGUAAUACUCAUGUUAUCAAGCCUUCAGAAAGAAACCCCGGUGCGUGUAUGAUGUUAGUAGAAAUGUUGACUGAAGCUGGUGCCCCACCAGGUGUUGUGAAUGUCAUUCACGGAACUCACGACUCCGUCAAUUUCAUCUGCCGCCAUCCAGACAUCCAAGCAAUAUCAUUUGUCGGAUCUGAUCAGGCUGGCAAGUAUAUAUACAAAGAGGGUAGCGCUCAUGGAAAGCGAGUACAAAGCAACAUGGGGGCCAAAAAUCACGGAGUUGUUCUUCCAGACGCUAACAAAGAGGACACACUAAACCAGUUGGUCGGAGCCGCUUUUGGUGCUGCGGGCCAGCGAUGUAUGGCCUUGAGCACUGCCAUAUUUGUCGGCGAAGCUAAAAAUUGGAUCACUGAUCUUAAGAUCAGAGCAGAAAAACUGAAAGUCAAUGCGGGUCACGUCCCCGGAACAGACUUGGGUCCAGUCAUAUCGCCCAAAGCCAAAGAAAGAAUUCUAAGUCUAGUCCAAUCAGGAGUUGACGAAGGAGCCACAUUAUUAUUAGAUGGUCGAGGUAUUUCCGUACCUGGUUACGAGCAGGGGAACUUUGUUGGACCCACCAUUUUAACUGAUGUGAAGCCUAACAUGCUCUGCUACAAAGAAGAGAUUUUUGGACCAGUUUUAAUAUGUUUAAAUGUUGACACCUUAGAUGAAGCCAUAGCUAUAAUUAAUGCAAACCCCUACGGAAACGGCACAGCUCUCUUCACCACAAAUGGUGCAGCAGCUCGUAAAUUCACUUUUGAAGCAGACUGUGGACAGGUUGGUAUUAAUGUUCCUAUCCCAGUGCCCUUAUCAAUGUUCUCUUUUACGGGAUCUAGAGGUUCGUUCCGAGGAGACACUCACUUCUAUGGUCAGCAGGGUAUUGACUUCUACACUGAGACAAAAACUGUCACACAGCUGUGGCGAGAAAAAGAUGUAACUCACAGUCAAGCCUCUGUCUCUAUGCCCGUCAUGCGAUGAUUAUCUUACCUUGAACAAGUAAAUUUUACUUGAAGUCAUUCCAUCACACCAACCAAAAUCGUAUGCUGAAGGUUCAUAUGAGAAAUUUCCAAACGUUGCUUCCUCCUCUGCAGUGCUCUAAAAAUGUCUCCUCAAUCGAAGGAAAAUUAUAUUUGUUGUGAUUAAUUUCUUCCUUUUUUUUAAGUGAAAACAUUCCAUUUCAAGCGCCAUGUUCGACCAGAAAAUUUGGUACUUAUACCAACCAAAAUUUUUACUGCAGACCUCAACGGUAUCAAAGCAGGAUAUUAAUAUUUAGCUCAAGGCAACUGAAAGAACUGCUUUUCAUUUUCCAUGCUUUCGCAUUCCCUGCUAAGGUUUUUUCUCCAUAAUAAAUUUGCAUUGUGCAAGAACGGAUUACAAGUUCUGGCUGUCCUUUCAAUCAGAUAUGUAUUUCCUCUCUCAGGGAGAAAUUUCUCUUAAUUUCUAGUGUAUCUGCUGUGUCUUCCAUUCUUAAAAUAAGUAAUUAGCCUCAUGUUUUGCGUGUUUUGAGUAAUUAUGUUUUUGUAUUGUGGGUUGUAUGUAUUUUAUUACAUAUUCUGUUUUCUUAUUCUAAUGUCUUUGCAAAACUCAGACAAAUUUUCUGAGCCAAAAGCGUGCUUAAUGACUUGCCGAGGCUCUUUGGUUUUAAUGGAGGUUUGCCUUUGCUUUGCAUGGAAUCACAAGCUAAUCAAAAAUUCACAAAGGAAAAUUAUAAGCGUGUUGGAGACUGGCACCCUAUUUUAGUUUAAAUUUGUCAAGCUCCGAAUUCCUUACCUGAUGAAACUUACGUAAAUUCUAAUUUUUAAAAGUACCUGCGCUGAGGCCUUUUUGCCUCCUUAUUUUUGACCAUUUUGGUACACAUUAUUGUCAGUCAAUGAAUUUGUUUUUGUGCGUUUUCCGUUAAUAUUAUACAAUUUUUUUUCAUC